AUGCUAUUUAGAUCUGCCUUUAGAUUUUGCUCUUUUAACAAAGAUUUAUUCUAAAGACAGAAGCCACUCAUCCAGAUCGAUAACAUAAUAAAAAUUCUGAGGCCUUUUGAUAUUGAGAUUAAUAUUGAAGAGAUGGUGGAGACAGUUAAGAUUGUAGGAAAAUAUGUAAUAUUAUAAUUUUACUUUGUUUUAGUCCAAGCACACUCUUUACAAAUUUCCCAUUCCUUAAUGUAUGAAUAUUUAAAUAUGAAGUUUUGCAAAGUAAUUCCUUACAAAUAGAUCCAAAAUUCAUAUCAGAAACAUAAUAAAGAAUAAUGAAAAAUGUAAACAAAUAUAUACUACUCAGAUACCAUCAAGUCCUAAAAACUUAUCAAUUUUUUAUCGAAUGUACAGGUACCCAAUGAGAUUUGCAUUACCUAAGACAGUGUUUUAAAUAUCCAAGAGUUUAAGAAAAUCAGCUUUAUCUGAGUAAACAUUGAAAUUGGCAGCCUGUUUAGAGAACAUACAAAUAGCGCUUAGUUUACACAUGAUGGUAGAUCGUAAUGAAUUAGAAUUUCCAACAUUUUAGGCUACCACGCAUAGAAGCCCUCUAUCUUCAGUUUAGAAAGAAUUAUCUACAAUAAAUUAUCAGAUAAGAAAUUGGUUUUAGGAGGAGAUUUCUUUCAUUCAAAAGCGUAUUGACAUGCCUAAUUUCAAAAUAGAUCAGUCUUAAGUGCAAAUAUCAUGUAACAAGUUGAGGUCCCACUCUUUUUAUCAAUGUUGGAAGAAGAGGCAGCCAAAGGAGUGUUCUAUGAGUAUGAUCUGUUUUAGAAGAUAAAGGAAAAUGGAGCAAAUAGCAUAGUGCCUGAAGAAGUGUAUCAAUUGGCUUAUCAUCAAUGUGCCAGUAAAUUUGCAUUUACAACAAUGUAUGAGUACUAUUAAAGCAAGUUUGACAUAUUGGGUAUAGAAUGGAGAUUUGAAUAAAUUGAACGAUGCUUUUAAAGCAGGCGUAUAUUUAGGGUUGUGUAUUGAUUUUUAGAAUCAGAUGAAGUACUUUGUAAGGAAUCUACCAACCAUGUCAAAUACAUUAUUAAAGGCUGUAGUGAAUAACAACGAGUGCAAUUUUUAUUAGGAUAAAAUAGCGUAUUAAAUGUUAUUAAUUUACAGAUUACCAAUUUAUUUUAUGCAUUAGAAAUCUAAAGAAACGACUUCAUUACAAUAAUUGCAUGAUCAUGCACUCAAAUAAUCUGAAAAAGUGAUCGAAAUUAUGAGUGAGAAGUCCAAGGAGUAUUUUCUUAAAUUAGGAGCAGAUUUUGAAGAUAUAUCAGACCUCAUUGAGCAUUUUUGCAGAUAUGAGUGA